ACAUGAUACCUUUAAUAAUAGUACUAUUGGUAACACUUUCCACUGCGGAUCUCAAGAGGAUUGCAGAUAAGUCGCAGUGUCCCAAAACCUGUGACUUGAACUAUAAGCCGGUGUGUGCCUCCCGAAUCGGAGGCAAUUCCCCCAGUACUUGCACCUUUCCCAACCAUUGCACCCUAAAAUUGUACCUAUGCAACAGCAGAUUAGACUGGUCAAUGGACAGCAAUCAACCAUGUCAAUGGCCCGUUGGAAGCUGCGAAGAAAUCGCAAAUUUCUUACGCAAUAAAAAGGAUCUAUUGGUGGGGAAAUCAAAGAAAGUUGUUACUGAGAACAAAAAGAAGAAGAAAAAUUGAAUAAAUGUUUAAGCAUUUAGAAACCCUGAUUAAGCUGCAAUGAAGACGUCGGCUGUCAAAUGUAACCACUAACUUAGCCACUCGUGUUCAGCAACAGAUGCAAUCGCCUCGCACAGCGGGCCCCCGCCAUGAAAUAUAUAUAUUUAUCUGGGUAGUAUGGGAAUAUCCUUCCCUAGGCAUUGCAACUUGGAGACGUCAACGUCAAAAGGCGGUUGCCGAAUGAUUGCCGCUGCUGUUUG